CUCUGCCCAGGAGAAAGCAAGCAAGACGGCUGCCUCAGAGAUUGCAAAAGGGGCUCAAGGAUUUCUUUGUCCUCACUGCCUUCCCCAGUGAGCACAAAGCCACGUUUCAAGAGAGACUGACAAAUUAUCUCCAGCUGCCAGAAGGAGAAAUCCUCACUGAACGGCUUCCUGUUUCCUGCGAGUCCUCACCUGCUGAGCCAUGAUGAAAGUCUUCGAGUCCGUUGGAAGGCUGGUCCUCCUCACCUCUGUGAUCGCAUCCUGCUAUGGCCAAAACCCAGUGACUGUGCUGUGCUCCAUAGAAUGGUUCAUGGUCACUGUACAGCCCUACAUGCUAAAUAGUGGCGUGUAUGUGCACUUCAGCGAGUUAUAUCUGGGCCAGGGCUGUCCUGCCAGUCAUGUUGAGCCACACCUCUACCAGUUCAUCUACCGUGUAACUGAAUGUGGCAUCAGAGUCAAGGCUGUCUCUGGGGACAUGAUCAUGUACAGCUCUGAGAUGCAUUAUGCUUCAAAGGGCACAUCUGCUAGGUAUGUGGUCCCAGUGUCCUGUAUGGCUCCCCAGAGUUCCCCAUGGCUCACUAAGCCCUGCCAUGUGAGUAGAGCCAGUGGGUAUGGGACCCCGGCCAAGGAUGAUAAGACAUCCUAUAAUGUGUUUGAACUGUCACCUUUUAAUGAGAGACCCGCCUGUGACUGUCCACCUUGUGUCUGUGGUGAAGAGGAAGGGGCCCUGGCUGUCCACGCAGAGACUCCAUCUGUUCCUGAGCAAUCACCUUACUUUGUAACUGACCUUUCUGAAGCUUGGUCUCUUCAUUCGGAUGACCUGAUUGGCUCCAUGUAAUGCCCAAGUGCAGGGUGGCCUGACGACAUUGUUUCUAGAAUUGAUGUAGCAUUUACUAAUAGCAGAUGCAAUGUUUAUAUGGCCCUUUUACUCAUACGGAAAGAGCUAAUUCAGCAAUGACUAAGCAAGCGAAGCUUCCUUUAUAUUUUUUAUCUUUUCUAGUAAAUAAAAUGUCUCUGGCACAAUA